AAGGUACUCUAGCUCCGUGUUACACAGUAAAAUCUGACGGAAUACAGAAGGCUUUCUUUUUGCUUUUGGGGGGCUAAUGCUCAUCACCGAUCGCCACAGUCCCUGUUUCGGAGGAUGUAUCAGGUACCGAGUUCAAGCUAUGAACGACCAAGACGUUUCAAUUUCUUUAGACUCGGAACGGGAGGUGAGGCUGAGAAUAGUAUACCCAUUCUGAGAAUCUGAAGUGAACCGGUCGUCUCCUUCGGCAGGAUGUUACGGAUACAGAAUACAUCAAGCACUGUUAAUCAUCGGCCCCGUAACUGCACAUCAUAUCAUACUCACAGCAAGAUCAGAUCCAUUGCAUAAGACUAUGGAUUCCACCAAUGUUACCUGGGAGAUUGUCGCUGUCCGACGACAAAGCGACUUGAGAAAUAACACUGCAGAUUCUCACUGGAGCGUGUGGCAUUGUGGGUUCAUUACCAUCAUGGCUGGUGGCACGUCAAUGUCAUCGAUCGUAAGCAGGAAUGACGCUUGGGGAUGUAUCUGUACCAUCACUAUAUGCUGUACAUACUCCGAUAUGAUGAUUCAUGCAGUAGAUCUGAUUCUUGUGCAUAUGAGAAUCAUCAAAAUGAAUAAAUGCAUGUAGUGUGUUGUCUCUCCAGCACAUUGACUGUACAGGUCAUAUCAGUCACUUGACCGGUGUUGUCCACUCAAUUCCCGCCUCCCCGAAGUUGGGGGCUUGAAUUGAUUUCCAACAACCGCGGUGAAGACUUCAAAAUUAAAUGAGGUUAGGGGGAGAGUUGCGUUUUUUCUUUGUUUCUGGAUUCUCUCUCUCUC